AUGUGUUCCAUGUGUUUUACACAGAAACAUAAACAACACACUUUCAAACAUAUCGAAGACGUGAUUGUCUCACAGAAAAGGUACUUGUGUGAUCAAUUGGACACGUUGAAGUCUAAUUUAGAUCAAUUUAACUACAAACUAGCAAAACGCGAACAAGUGACUCGGUCAUUCAAAGAUGACAUUGAUGAAGUAGGGAACGGAAUACUUUGCCAAAGAUCGAUGAUGAAGGCGGAAGUUGAUUCCAUGGCGGAGUCACUUAUGGUUCAAUUAGGGCGUCUGCUUCAAGAGGAAUUUCUUUCCAGCGAAAGAGACUGUUGGCUUCACUGGAAAAAUAUUACCGAAAUGAAGGAGCUAAUAAGGGCCAUUGAAGAAGAAAUUGAACAUUCUAAUGGGGUUUCCUCAUUGAUGGAGCUGACGGAAAGACUUAAAACCGCAAUAUCACUGCCUAAUUAUGUUACUAAUGAAGAUGUGUUUCCUUGCAAACCACGCCAUUUUUGCGGUCAACUGAAUCAGACUCCUUUGAAAUCAAUGCUGGGAUAUGUCCAUCUCGUCGACGAGAGUAAAGAUGUUAUCAGAUACAAGAAGAAAGAUAUCGACAGAACACAAGUCCAACGCAUAUCCUUAUUCAAAGUGCCACGACAGAAAACCGUGAACUCGAUAUGUCCUAUCAACGAUAAGCGUGCCUGGGUGGCAGUCUCAAGCAGUACUGUUUUAAGUGCCAUUAACAAAGCAGGAAAGGUCACAGAGAAGGUAAAGCUGAAAUUUGUACCAUGGUAUCUGGCGUUAUCCAAACAAGCUGAUGUACUGAUGACAAGUUACAAUGCAUCGUCGCUGAUAUACAAACUGUCCAAGACCAGACGGGUGACGACCUUUGCUGACAAUAAUCCCUUUAAUUCUCAUGGUAUCAGUGUGAGUGACAGUGACGAGGUGGUCGUUAGUACGAACUCUCCAACAAUACUGGUACUGAACAAGUUCGGGGACAGGAUAAGGGAAAUAUCGUCUGACGGGAAAGCGCAAAGUAUUGUCUGUUUGACCACAGGACAGGUCGCUGUCACUAUAUAUAACCCUGUUGCAGUUGUAACAACAUACUGUAACAAAUUGGUUGUAACAGGAAUGUGCGACAAGACAAUACUCUCAUGGCGCGAUGACCUGGACAAGGACAAGAAGAACAAUGGGAGGUUUCUUUGUGGAAUAGGUCGGGAUAUGUACGACAGGGUAUUUGUUCCCGACGUUUCAAACGACCAAGUAUAUGUUGUAUCAGGAGACGGUAAGAAGACCACCUGUCUCCUUGACGAGAGACACAAGAUCAGAGCACCUGGAGCUAUAGGCGUUGACAUGUGUGGACAUGUCUGGAUCGGAUGUCUUGACGGCAACAUUCAUGUGAUUCAGCUAUAA